UCUGCCCUGGAGCUAUUCAGUGCUCGAACGAGCACCAGCCAAGUCCUAACUAGAUCGAGCGAGUGUCAGACGAGCGAAGCUUGCACUGGUCGCGAGGUAGAAGCGGUAGAAUCCAGAUUCCGAAAUGAAGAUCGCUUUGUUGAUCGUCUGUUGCGCGGUCAGCGCGAUCGCCGCGCAAAAUGCCACCGAGGAGCAGCCAGUGGUGCACGCGCCGAUCGGUCCGAUCCGCGGGUCGUUCUUGACCUCCAGAUUGGGGAAGAAGAUCUACUCGUUCCGCGGCGUGAGAUACGGCGAGUCGCCCACCGGUCAUCAACGUUUCCAGCCCCCGAUUCCGGCGGAAGACUGGCAGGAUGUGUUCGACGCCUCCGAGGAGGGGCCUAGCUGUCCUCGUCCGGGAGGUCUGUUGCAGUCCGAAGAUUGUCUGCGUUUGAACGUGUACACCACGAAGUUGCCCUGCGAGACGGAGAAUGUUUCGAGACCCGUGAUGGUGUUCAUCCACCCAGGUGGCUUCUACGGCUUCUCAGGCCAGAGUUCGCUGUUCGGGCCGCAAUACCUCUUGGAUAAGGACAUCGUUUUGGUCACUAUUAACUAUCGUCUAGGAGCUUUAGGUUUCCUAAGCACCGGAGACAACCUGGCGCCAGGCAACAUGGGUCUGAAGGAUCAAGUGAUCGCUCUGCGUUGGAUUCAACGGAACAUCGCCGCUUUCGGUGGCAACCCGAACGCCGUCACUUUGUGCGGCUACAGCGCUGGCAGCUUCAGCAUCCUGCUGCACAUGGUGUCACCGAUGACCAAGAAUCUGUUCCACAGAGCUAUCAUGAUGAGCGCUUCGCCGAUAGGCACCGACGUCUAUCACGGCGUCGCUAACAACGGCCAGAAAGAGCUGUCCAAGAAGCAGGCCGAGGCCGUGGACUGUCCCACGGACACCACGGGCUCCAUGUUGAUCUGCCUGUACACGAAACCCGCGGAGAACUUCACCAGCACUUUGGACUCGUUAUUCGACUGGCGCGGCAAUCCGAUUCUGCUCUGGAAACCUACGGUGGAGCCCGAGGUUCGCGGCGUGGAGAGAUUCUUGACCGCCCAACCGUACGACUUGAUUAAACAGGGGAAAUUCCACCAGGUUCCUGUCAUACUUGGGGUCACCGAGAACGAGUUCGGGGGAGUGGCUGCUGCUUACGAGAAAGACGCGAGGAACAACGGGACGUUGUACCAGGAGCUCAACGACAACUGGACUCGUCUAGCUCCCAUCAUAUUCUAUUACGAGCGCGACACGCCUCGAUCGAAUUACAUCAGCAGGGAAUUGAAGCGAUUCUACUUCGACGACCAGCCAAUCACCUCGGCCAACAACAAGGAACUCGCUGAGGUGUACGGCGACGGUAUAAUUAUAUUCUCCAUGCUCCGAACGGCCAGGGUCCUAGCCACGUAUUCCAGACUGCCGGUCUACUUCUACAAAUUCACAUUCAAGUCGCGUUACAGUUUCGCCAUGUGGAACGACACAACUCCGUUCGGUGUGGCGCACCACGACGACCUGCAGUAUCUGUUUUUCAUGAAAGAGAUCUUCCCGUACUUCGAGAGCGACGCACCUGAAAUUCCCAUGGUGGAGAUCUCCACCUCCAUAUGGUCGAACUUCGUGGAAUGCGGCGAACCGAUUCCGAGGAACAACGAGAAGCUCAAGGGAGUGACCUGGAGCACGUUCGUGCCGGCCAGAAACAAUUAUCUCGAACUGAACCUACACCCCAGCAUCAAGACAGAUUUCUUCCCCGAGAGAAUGCGCCUGUGGGAGAGAUUGUUCCCCCUGCCUUCCUCGCAGAACGUGAAACACUGAGAAGCUUUGUAAACGAGUAACAAGCGCGAUAGACCUUUUAUCCCGGCGCUGAGAAUAAAAUAUAGCGAACAAGUA